AAAAGUGGCUUUAAAUUUCCCCAUUCCCUCCGUCGAUUGUCCCAUUAGGUUCUAUAUAUAUACUCCGUAUACAGUUUAUGUAAUUUGUAUACGCCCUCUCUCUAUCUCUCCCUAACUGAUAAUUUUUGCGACUUUCAUGUAAUAAAUUCAUUAUUUAUCCAUAUUCUUCUCUCGAGUCGACUCCUGAAUUUAAUAUUCACGUCCAAGAAACUUGACGCAGAUUCUUCUCUGACUUUAUGGGAUCGUUAUACUCGGUGGAACAAUCUUGUUAUGGACUAUGAACUCGCCGACAGCAGCGGUACUGAUGAUGAUCUUCUGCCAUCACGUAGUAAUAGAAUUCCGAGUGGGAGCUGUGCUGCAGAAAAUGGAAGAUCUGUUGUAGGUUCCAUGCCAUAUCCUAGGAUGUAUAGUGACAUAGAGACCCAAAUUCAUAAGCUUGAGCAAGAAGGAUACAGUUCAGUCUUGCGAGCUUUUAAAGCGCAGUCAGAUGCCAUUACAUGGGAGAAGGAAGGUUUAAUAACUGAACUAAGGAAAGAGCUAAGAGUGUCAGAUGACGAACACAGAGAGCUAUUGACUAGGGUUAAUGCUGAUGAUGUUAUCUGUAGGAUAAGAGAAUGGAGACAAGCAGGUGGUAACCAUAACGCCACGCUCGGCAUUCCUCAGCCAAUUCAUGAUCUGAUUCCCAGUCCAACUGUUUCAGCAUCACGCAAGAAGCAGAAAACUUCCCGCUCUAUGUCAUUUGGUGUAGCAUCGCAAGGUUUACACCCUCAAUCGAUUCCUGCAUCCAUGCAGCCAUCACCUGCAGCAGUAAAACAUGGACCAGCAUUUGGAGUUGGAGGCAAGAAUUUUAGACCAUCCAUGCAGUACCCUUCCAUGGUUUCUACUGGAAGGGGUCAGUUAACCAAUCAAAGUUCUUCUGGACCUGUAACAAAUGAACCUGCUGAAGCUGUAAUUGGAAGGACAGUGAUGACAAGAUGGCCUGAAGACGACAACUUCUAUGAGGCUGUCAUAAAGGAUUACAACCCUGUUGAGGGCCGACAUGCCCUGGUCUAUGAUAUACAUACAGCAAACGAGACCUGGGAAUGGAUUGAUCUCAAAGAAAUUCCUCCGGAGGAUAUCCUAUGGGAAGGUGAGUGUCCAGGAAGAUCCCAUCGUGGGGGUCAUGGUGGUCGAGGCGUUGGUGUUAAGAAUUCUAUGGGCCAUGGGGUUCUGGGUGCUGGAAGCAGGAGAGGAUCCAAAAAUGAUCAAUUUAAAAAUGAAUUCACACCAUCACGGAAUGGAAUUGUGAAGGAAGUUUCUGAUGAUAUUGAAAUACUUCACACAGAAACAUUAGUAAAAGAGCAGGUGGAGAAGGUUUUCAAUUCUAGUCAUCUUGAUCUGCUUGAGAUUGAAAAGGCAAAGAAAAUGCUUAAGGAGCACGAACAAGCACUGAUUGAUGUGAUUGCAAAGCUGGCAGAUGCUUCUGAUUCCGAAAGUGAUGAAGGGCAGCCACUCUCUCAUGAACAUGCAAUGGACAGAAACAUGCAAUACAGUGGAAACCAGCAUCGACCCAAUCUCCAGGCCAAGGCAAAUGGAGCAAGCGUUUAUGGUUCUGAAGUUGGCAACCAAAUGGCAAUAAUAGGUCAAACUGUAUCGGACAACCAGCAAGAUGAUUUCAUCGAUGACGUCUGAUUAUUAUUUUAUUUUUAUUUUUUCUCUUCUUCUAGUUGGUGGUGUUUGGAGGUUGAAGCAAUGGAAUUGUGCACUAUUUUAUUUAUUUUUUUUUUUUUUUUGUAGCUUAACCAAGUUCUCCAACCUGUAACAUGUCUUAAUUUAUGUCCACGCACUUGGGAGUGCAGUAGUCCAAACUGUGACCUAUUGGGUAACAAAGUUAUUUGCAGAGUCAACAUGGUAGCUUUUAUUGGAA